AUGGGAGACAGUUAUGUCGGAGCUGAAAGAAGCAUAGGCUGGGUUGCUCAGCUGGACAAUUUCCCCGUGCAAAUCACUGGUAUUCAAUCGACCGGCCAACGUAUUAUCGUGACGGAUUCGCAGGAAUCGGUGCACUUCGUACGUUACAGGAAAGCGGAAAAUCAAUUGGUUAUUUUCUGCGAUGACACCACCCCACGUUACGUUACGACAUGUUGUGUGUUGGAUUACAACACGGUGGCCGUAGGGGAUAAAUUUGGAUCGAUAUCGAUUCUAAUGGAUAAAGUUUUUCAUGUGAAGAGGAGAGCCGCUUAUCGUCUGAAGAGACUAUAG